AAUAAUUUUAAAUAUUGACGUUUAAAAAAAAUCAAAGCGCUCAUAAUCAUCGCUCUGUCGGGUAGCAAACCUUGUUGCACAUGACAUAAAUAUAAAACUGCGAUGCUUAUGAAAGAGUAUUCAUCCGCGCAUGCGCAUUGCGCAGUAAGAAGCGUCACACUAAAAACAGGCAAAAACAAAACUGGACGGACAAGAAGAGAUACAGCCAUGAGCAACAGCAAAGUAGCUCUGGUCACUGGUGCAAAUAAAGGCAUCGGGUUCGCAGUCGUGCGGGCAAUGUGCAAACAGUACGCCGGGGACGUGUACCUGACAGCCCGGGAUGCUGGUCUAGGAACCGCAGCGGUGGACAGUCUGAAGAAGGAGGGGCUGAGUCCUCUUUUCCAUCAGCUGGACAUCAAUGACCCAAACAGCAUCCGCACCGCACGGGACUUCUUCAGAGAGAAGUACGGGGGCCUGGACGUGCUCGUCAACAACGCUGGGAUCGCCUUCAAAAUGGCGGACACAACUCCCUUUGGGACCCAAGCAGAUGUGACUCUGAAGACCAAUUUCUUUGCUACUAGAGAUAUGUGCAAUAUGUUCUUGCCCAUUAUCAAACCAGGAGGUCGGCUAGUGAAUGUCUCCAGCGGGAUGGGCUCGGUGGCUUUAAGCCGCUGCAGUCCAGAACUCCAGGCCCGUUUCCGAAGCGAUGACAUCACAGAGGAAGAACUGGUUGGGCUGAUGGAGCGAUUCGUUCGUGAUGCUCAGGAAGGGGUUCAUGCAGAAAAAGGCUGGCCCAGCACUGCAUAUGGGGUCUCCAAAACUGGCCUCACCACCCUGACUAGAAUCCUAGCCCGAAAUCUGACAAAAGAGAGGCCUGGAGAUGAGAUCCUAUGCAAUGCCUGCUGUCCAGGAUGGGUCAGGACUGACAUGGCUGGACCAAAUGCGACCAAAUCUCCAGAUGAGGGCGCCAUCACCCCAGUGUAUUUGGCAUUGUUGCCUUCAGGGGCCAAAGAGCCUCAUGGGCAGUUUGUUUCAGAGAAGAAGGUGCAGCCCUGGUGAGAGCAAGAAAGAGAGAACAGGUUGUGUUUGUUUCUGUUGAAAAGAGAGUCAAGUUCAGACACAUUCACACUAAUCUCUCCAGUUUCAGACAGUCUAGUUCUAGAAAGUUUUGGACUGAACUAGAAUUCAGGUACUAAAAAUAAUGUAUUAUUAUCGUACAUUAAAAAUACAAAGCUUUAACAUUUGAUAAGAGCUCUACUGAAUAGAAUAUCCAAAAAUAUUUAAAGUAGCCUACAAUUUUGUUAAAAUGCAAUGCAUGGGUGCAAACAAAUGUAAAUGCAUCAUCAUCUUGAACCUGCAGUUUUGUUAAAAUUAACAGACCAAAAUGUUGUACUCAAAGAUCCAUAGGGCAGGAUUUAUGUGGUCUUAAGUUGAAGAUCAAUAGUUUAGUGAAUAUUUAAUGAUGCAAAAUGCAAAUACAAUGUCAACUACAUAAAUUAUUCCUAAAUUAAAAAGUGGAUUGUAACUUGUCAUCUUUUUAUUUUUAAAUUGACGAAUGUUGUAGAUAUAAAUAAUAAUUUCAUUAAUCUGGAAAACCUUGCAUUACAAAACUAAAUAAAAUUCCAUGAUAUUUCUCACCCA